GAUAUAAUACCGCAGGCUUUGCUCGACUCGUUUCUCUCCAUGGUCGAGCCAACCCACGUUCUCUCGGUCGAAGGCGAUAUUCUUCGGCACUGUGCGUUCAACAUUCCAGCGGUAGCGUACACUGUUGGUCGCAAGUACUGGCCGAUUUUGAAGCCGACAUAUCUUGAGUUGGCAAACGAUAUGCAGUGGAAAGUCAGGCGAACAUUGGCGUUUUCCAUUCAUAAAUUGGCAGCCAUAUUGGGGCCUGAGAUCACUGAGCAAGACCUGCUGCCCGUCUUUGUCGGUUUCCUUCGUGAUCUGGAUGAAGUUCGGAUCGGCAUUUUGCAGCAUCUAUAUGACUUCAUGAAAGUACGUGCCCUCGAUAAGUGCAUCCUCGUGGUUAUGACAUUGUUCUGCUUUAACUAUCGUGUCGCUCUGCUUAAUAAAAAUGCAUGUCGGACACUGCUCGGCAAUUUGGCCGAUUUUUUGCAGAGUGACAACGUUCGCGAUUGGCGUUUUAGACACCUGUUUGCUCAACAACUCAUUCCUCUGUGCGUCCUCUACGAUAUUGAAGACGUCAACGAAUACAUCAGUCCAAUCGCAAUGACGCUUGCCAUUGACCGCGUUGCUGAAGUUCGUCGCAUUACUUUCAGACUCGUAACUAUUCUACUUAUUUUUCCGUCGUGUUUGUACUGCUCUACGAUGGUGGGCAUGAUUUUCAAGUGCUUUUAUAAUGCCGAGAAACUGGCAGGCAAGUCGUUUCCAAUAACCGAUAAUUUUUCGCUGGAUAUUGUGAAAAGUUUCGCCAAGUCACAUCGAUGGAGCCGCAGACAAACGUAUGCUAUUUAUUUUUUACUUUUGUCUCAAGGUAAGAAAGCAUUGGCUGCACAGUAGCC